UCAGAGAUCAAGAAAAUGACGAAAUCAUUCCAAGUGAAACUAGGACAAGGAGGGUAUGGAAGUGUCUACAAAGGACAACUACCAGAGGGGGAUCUAGUUGCAGUAAAGCUCUUGGGUGAAGCCACAGGAGAUGGAGAAGAUUUCAUUAAUGAAGUGGCAAGCAUCACUAGAACUUCUCAUGUCAACAUCGUCACGCUCGUAGGUUUUUGUAUCGAGGGAAAGAAAAGAAUCCUGAUGUAUGAGUUCAUGCCAAACGGAUCAUUGGAUAAGUUUCGAGGUGAUGGUUGUCAUUUGGACUGGAACACGUUGUUCCUAAUAGCGAAAGGGAUCGCAAGAGGUCUAGAGUACCUGCACCAAGGCUGUAACACAAGAAUCGUGCACUUCGACAURAAGCCUCACAACAUUCUSUUGGACGAAGAAUUUGUCCCCAAGAUAUCUGAUUUUGGGYUGGCCAAGCUCUGCAAAAGGAAGGARAGUAUCGUUUCUGUAACGGGUGCAAGAGGGACUAUCGGAUACAUGGCCCCUGAAGUGUUUUUCAAGAGUCUUGGAGGGGCAUCUCACAAGUCUGAUGUGUAUAGCUACGGGAUGAUGGUUCUUGAAAUGACUGGUGCACGUAAGAACAAUAACGAUCAUGCGACRAGCACGAGUGAAGCAUAUUUCCCAGAUCGGAUAUACAAGCAGAUAGUAGCCACAGACAAUCUAGGGGUAAAUGGGGUGACAUCGAAAGAGGAAGAGGAAUUAGCGAGGAAGAUGGUGACGGYAAGCCUGUGGUGUAUUCAGUCUGAUCCAUCAGAUCGACCAUGUAUAAGCAAAGUUGUGGAGAUGUUGGAAGGAAGCUCUGAAUCGUUGCAAGUUCCACCUAGACGUUUCUGGUCAUCAUCUCCCACAAGGCUUUCCUAUUAGAAUUGUAUUUUAGGUUGUACUGUUUGGUGUGGUCUAUGGUUGUUUCGGUGUUCCCGAGUGUACAAUAUCUUUUAGUCUGUUGUAUAAAU